AACGGCUAAGUAGAGGUUCUCCCAUUGUAUUAUACCAUCGAGCACGUUCGUACAAGUCCGUUUAUGUUCAUAAUUAUAAUAAUUCACUGGAGAAAAAUGAUAUUAUUUUAAACGAGCUUACUCCAGAGGAGGAAUAUUUUACCGCAAGCUGCUUAUAUAUCAUCAAACUUUCGUAAAUACGUGUAAUUAAAGUGUUAUUCAAUAAUAAUAACUAAAAAAUAGUGACGCGGUAGGCUAAAUUUUUUAAGCUCGGCAAUCUAUCUAGUUGUCUCUGUCUGACGGAGAUCCUUGUGUGAGUGAGACCGAGACAGAGAGAUGCCACUCAAGGCGGCCAGAGUGAGACAGUGAUAGUGGUGAGUAAUGAGGGAACGAGAGGUUGAAUAGCAGCGUCAGUACUGCGAAAAGCACCAGCUAAAGCAAGUCAACACCAACCAGAGAGCACCGAUACAAGCAGUAUAGUAGCAGCAGCGUCGUACCAAGUUUAAGCGGAUAUAAUACACGCUCAAUUCUUCCCACCGUGCGCGUUUUUCUUGGAUAAAUCAUGUUGACCUGUUGGAAAUAACAAAUUUUUAAUCCAACAUUUAUUUUUAUGUGUGAAAGAAGAAUAGUGAAGAGAGACAGGAAGUGAGAAAAGGAUUUAUUUGCUAAAGAUCAGUACCGGCUUGCUGGACUGAAAAUAAUCAACGCGUAGAUAAACGCCCUCGUCAACAGAAACAGUCACUCAAAAAUCGAUGGAAAUAAAAAAUAAUUUCUGGCACUAGUAUAAGAAAAAAUGAUUACGGAACUAAAGAGGAAUAUUGACACAACCUAACUAACAAACCGUAGCCAAGUGGUGUAUAAGUGGGCUUUUGAGAUUUAUUAAAAGUUUUAAAGUAACUAUUGGAUUGGUGAAAAAAAUAAUCAGUAGCAAGAAGAAAGAUUGGGAGGACACACGAAGGUAGACCGAGUAAUGGAUGAAUGGGAGUAAGCACGGCGCCUGAACAGCACAGGCGCGGGUUUAGGUACCGGUGGGAGCCUCUGGAUGUCGAGGCAGUGGCACCAGCUGCGUCAGUGGCAGUGAUGGCCCCUGCUCUGACGGAAGGUGGUCCUCAAAAGCCUGCCGAUUUAAUAAACCCCUUACCGGCUAGUGGAUUUCUAUCUUCGGAACAGGCUGCGCAGUUUUUUAACAUUCAGGUCUGCCAGAAUCGUGAGGUCUUGGCUAAAUUCGUAGUGUCAGCAAGCGUACAGCCGAGCAAGAUUGACGAGCAGUGCCUGCGCGGCAUAUCCAAAGAUCUGAUCCGCGAUGUCAUCAAUUCACAGUACGCCAGUAAAUUUGAAAGCCUGUCGAUGUUUACGAAUGGUACUGACUUGAUAGCACCGCGUGAUAAUAAUAAAGAUCAAAACGACGACCAAGAGAUUAAUUUCACCAAAUUGGAGGAGGAGGAGGCAGCGGAGGAAGAGGAAGAAGGAGGAGGAGGAGGAGAAGAAGGAGGUAGUGAAGCUGGAGGAAGAAAAACGGAGCACGAGGCUCACGUGGCUGAGGAAUUGCACUCGGUGAUGCCGAAUUGCAACCAAGCCAAGAACAUCAAUACUAUAAUGAGUGAUCCUUCUUCAUUUACUGCUGCUAGUGCUGCUGAAGACAUAAAUAUUCCUGCUGGACCACCAACUACUCAUCAGACCAACGACGACAUGGGUUUUUUAAAAGCUAAUGAGACCGAAGUGUCGAUGGUCGUUGAUGAUGAACUCCCCGCAGACGUUAAGGAUAUCGACAUGACGCCUAUGAUGGAAUUGAACGACGAGUUACAGGCAAAUGUUGUCGGUGAUAUUGGCAACGACGUUGUCGGGGACAUUGGGCAUAAUGUCGAUGACAUUCUUCAGGUUAUCAAGUCAAUGGAAGGCGUGGAGCAAGCCAUCGAAGAUCCCGGUGAUGCUAUCAUACCAAGCGGUUCCAGCGAAACAGGUGUACCUUGUCCCGAAAUAUUCCCCAUCUCUGAUACAGCCCUCGCGUCUUUCAGCAGCGAAAUGUUCAACGAGGUAGUUAUGAAACUUGUUGACGACAACAUUGGCAUGAACAUGAACAUGAAUAUGAAUAUGAAUAUUAAUAUGAAUAUGAACAUGGCUGACUCUAGUGAGGCUCAACGUACUGCUAAUCUUCAGGUACAGCAAGAUACCGUUGAACAUAGACAGUUUGAGCUAGAAAGACGAACGGCAUUUUUAAUGAGACGUCUUCGUAAACUCCAAGCUAAAUUUAUAGCUCGACAUGCCGCUGAAGAGACAACCAGCGUGUUGGAGCAAGCCCACCAGAGUGUUAAACCCAUACUUUUGCAAGACUUACCGAUGCUAAUGCCCAAAGGAACUCAGAUGAAAAACUUGUCCGAGAACACCCAUCCACUAAGUGCAUUCUUACAAAGAGUUGAAAAAUCUUGUGCUGCUCAGAGCAACAGUGUUAAUCGUCAACGCAGUUAUUGUCGUUACUUCGGAGGUGGUUCGCGUGAUAAUGUUACUAGUAUUAGUUUAAUAGGAAGUAGUGGUGUUGUCAAUGCUGCUAGUGUUAAUAGUGGUGUUAGUAGUAGUGCUAUUGGUAAUACCGGCAGUGCUUCUAGCACAAGACAUCCAUUGUUAGGGACGUCCCAAAUUAAAGUUGAUAAGAAAGAAGUUGAACAUGUUGCUGGUUCUCUGGCUACCCAACUUCAUACUAUUGAAGCUAGUUUUGAUUCUGAUUGCACCGUCUCCAGCAGCGGUGGUGAAAGCUGUGAUGAAAUGCAGACAUUUAAUAAUACCCAUCAAUAUGAGUUACCCAUAAUAAAACGAGCUGCGUGGAGAUAUGCCCAGGAUCGUGCAGCGAUAGCGUCGAGGUGGACGUGGCUAAAUGCACAAAUAUCUGAUCUCGAGUACCGUAUACGUCAACACAAUGACCUGCAACGAGUAAUCAGGCAGAAUAAAGGUCAGGUGGUGUUGGAAGGCACUGAAACGGUGAAUGGGUACAGCGGAACGUUGCCGGGCUUGUCGAAUCGGUAUAAUUCACCAGAAGCGGAGCAACAAUGUGCAAGAACACGUGGAUUUGUCUCGGAUACCUACAGAAAGCGUAAAUUAUUACGUAUUGAUGGUUUACAUGAGCUGUCUAAGCGCGCUGCGAGGCCGUCUACCGUAAGAUGUGACUGUGAUCAAACAAUGGCGUCCUGUGCGCUGUGUACUGGCCGUAUUGACCCAAUGCAACCUCAGGAACCCUUCGACCAGCUGUCAGUACCUGAGAGAAUCGCAAUGGUUGAUCCUUGCUAUCAUCCAGUUCUUUCAUUCCCCGAUGAGGUCCUGCACAGCACACAUAUGGAUGCCAUUAUGAAGACGACAGAUUGGCAGCAGAAAAUGCUUCGAGGCAGCACGAGGAUACCUAGGAUUAAAGAAAAGGAAAGAGAGUCCAUUGAGAGGAGGAACAAACCAAAACUACCGCCUGAACAUAAUAAACCCAAUAAAUAUAAUCCCCAGAGAAUGAAAAAGACCUCCUCGUCGACGAUUAUCACCGCGAGAUUAAAAAGAAAGAUGUUAAAGGGAAAACGCGAGAAAUUAAGUAAUAGUGGAACUCCUGUGGGUGGUAGAAAUUUAACUGGAUUAAAUAGAAAAAGAGUUAAUAAAUUGUCACAACAAAACGAAGAUGAGGAUGAUGUUAGUCAGUCGAGUUCUAGCAAACAUUCGUCUCCAGUGCCUUCACCUUUGCAGCAUCCUGCUAUCGAAAAAAUUCUUCCAAAAGAAAAGAGCUCUAAUUCACAUGGACGAACACGACAGCAGUCCUUUGAUAUUGAUAAUAUUGUCAUACCGUACAGCGUUGCUGCGGCUACUAGAGUAGAAAAACUUCAGUAUAAAGAAAUAUUAACACCAAAAUGGAGAAUUUGUGAUGAUAUUACAAAAACGGACGUUAAAAACGGUGUCAUCCACAGGCCUAGUCAAGAUAGUGAUGUCGAGGAUGUAUCAGAUGAAGCUAUAGCACAACGACAUGAACGUAGUGAACGUGAAGAAAAUAAACGAUUUAUGACGUAUUUAAGUACCGUUCCACAAAAUCGUCUUCGUCAUAGUCGUAGGACUGAUAGUAGAGCUGAUAGUGGUGCCAAUACUCCAGAUCCAAUGUCACCGCAUCCUAGUGAACUUGGAGACGUAACGUCACCACUGACAUCACCACCAGCAACGCCGAUGAGUAGUCAUGACGCUGAUCAUCCUAACACUCUAGACAGUCAAAGAAAUUCUCUACAAAAUGCCAUUCGGAGACGAACAAUAUCGUCUGCUAGAACGUGCAGAGAAGAAGCCAGUAGCACCAAUCCUGAAGAGGAUAGUGAGGUUCCAGCGUAUGAGCCGAGACUAUUUCCGUUAUCGGAAGAAGUUUAUGAUAAAAUGGUACAAAUUAUGCCUGAUGGACAUUUGCAGUCAACAACAUCUGCUAUAUGUCCGCAAGCAACCGAAAAAAUACCGAAUUAUGAAGCAGAUCCAGCGUCACCAGGAUCAGAUACAACGGAGUCGGCAUAUUGUGAUGCCGACGGCGAAGAUCCAAAUGAUCCCGAGUGGACAGUUGGAGACGAAAGAGAUACUGAAAAAGAAAGAAUACGCUUAACGACCAAGAGAUAGGAGAUAUUAAUAAUAAUUAAUAUUAUAAUUAUAAUUAAUACUUAUCGUGAUGAAUGUCUAAUAUUUAAUUAAACAAAUAUAUUAAUUAAAUAUAGACGAAAAAACCGUUACUAUACAUAUUAAAAAGAUAAACAAAAAAUUUUUAAAAAUAGUAACAAAAAAAUAUGAAAAUUAAAAAAUAAAAAAAAUUGGAUACCUCUCAAUUGUUAUAUAAUGCCUAGGUGAAAAAAAAUGAAAAAAAAAAUAAUUAAAAAAAAAAAUGAGACAUGCACCUUAAGUCUAGUAUUAAUCUGUAAAGUGUAUUAUAAACAUAAAUUUUAUAACUUCAUUUAAUCGCUUAAAUUAAUAAGAGAGAAGGAGGAUCAAAUAAUUAAUUAAUUAUAAAUUUAGCUAUAAAUAUUAAUAUUAAUAAUAAUAAUACUGAUAAUACGCCUUGGGCUUAUUUUUCUUGUCGUAAUAUGUUAAAACGAAUAGUACUAUUAUCAUUAUUAUUAUUAAUUAAAAAAAAAGAUACUAGUGAACAAUUGCUGUUUGUAUAAAGAAAAAAAAAUGAAAAUACCAAUGUUUACAUUUAUGAUAUUGUCAUUAAUAAGAAAAAAAAAAAGGUCCUGUCUUUUUUCAUUGUAUGUAAUUAAUACUGUUACGUUUAGAGAACGCUCACCACCUUCUAUACAUUGUUUAAAAAACAUAAUUGCAUUAUAUUAUAUUAUAUCAUAUGAUUACUUUUAUUAUUAUUAUUAUCAUUAUUAUUAUUAAUUAUAACUAUUAUUGUUGUUUUACACUCUUUUAAUAUUCGAAUUAAUAACUAAUCAAUUUACCACUUGAACGUAUGUACAUUUUAAUUUUAUACUAUUUGAAAAAUACUGAAGGUUAAAUUAGUGGUUGAUAUUGUUCUCAAAGCGUAUUUAUAAUUAUAAUGAUUACGAUUAUUAGAAUCUCAGUCAUUGAAUAUACUGUUUUUUUUUUUUUUUUUUUUUUUUUUUUUUUAUUUUUUUCCAUUAAUACCUUUUUUUAUUGUACAAAAAUGUAAUUUAUAUAUUUCGGAUAAUACAUAAUUUAGAAUAAACUAAAAAAAAAACAGUGCCAAAUGAAUAGUGUGUUAUUUUUUUUUUUGAUGCGUUUUACUUAGAAUUUCUCCAUGAACUUUUCGUAUGUUAUUUUCUUUAUUUUAUUUUGUAUCUAAAAUACUUGUUUAAUUUAAUUUUUCACUACUUGAAAAGCAUUUUUUAAACUAGUGACUUUAUCCAGGCUGACUUAUUCUUCGAUAACAUUGUUGCGCAAGUGAUCCGAAACAUUUUUAAUUCUACCGUUUACAAAAGCACGUUGUAUGAUAAUAAAAAAAAACUUAUCUCUACUCUAUAAA